AUGCUUGCUCACAAAGCUGAAGAUGAAGGUAUUCUUUGUGUGGAAGGAAUCUGUGGUGGACCAGUGCAUAUCGACUAUAACUGCAUUCCGUCUGUUAUCUAUACUCACCCUGAAGUUGCUUGGGUAGGAAAACCUGAGGAACAACUAAAAGAAGAGAAAAUCGAGUACAAAGUUGGAAAAUUCCCGUUCAUUGCAAACUCACGUGCUAAAACGAAUUUCGACACCGAAGGAUUCGUAAUGAGCGCUCAGAAGGAUGGAGACAAUAUUAAGGUUGAAAUAGAAGGUGUAAAAGAUGGCAAGAAGCAGACCUUAGAUUGUGAUGUCCUGAUGGUAUCCAUCGGCCGACGUCCUUACACUAAAGAGCUAGGAGUCGAAAAUGUGGGCAUUCAACUUGAUGAAAAAGGCCGAGUACCCGUGAAUGAGCGAUUCCAGACCAAGGUAAUCUCUUCAACUGGAGCACUCUCGUUGAAAGCUGUACCCAAGAAAAUGGUGGUCAUCGGAGCGGGAGUUAUUGGACUGGAGUUGGGCUCAGUAUGGCAGCGGCUAGGUGCUGAAGUGACUGCCGUCGAAUUCCUCGGACACAUUGGUGGAAUUGGUAUUGACAUGGAAGUCACGAAAUUGUUCCAACGUAUCCUUACCAAGCAAGGAAUGAAGUUCCUUACAAACACAAAGGUUCAAGUGAAAAAGAAUGAUGGCUCAGUAGAAACUGUGAACACUCGUAAUAUUCUUAUCGCUACUGGAUCAGAAGUGACACCAUUCCCCGGAAUACCGAUCGAUGAAGAAAAGGAAUAA